AUGAAAUCCUCGGAUCACUAACAAUAAAAUUCAGUUGGUUGGCUUUUAAAUUUGGUUGGAAAAUUUUCUCCAAAAGAUUUGGAAAAAUCAAAUCUAAAGGAAAUUGGAGAAGAAUAUAUGAAAAAGAUCUUACUCUAUCCUCAACUGUAAUCAGGGAAUGUUUUUAGUUACAACUAAUAAAAAUAAGAAUUCUCCGAAAAACUAUUUCAUAUAUACCCUAAUAUUCUAAUAUGUCAACAUGACAAAAUUCAUACUCAUUUAAUAUUGAGUAAUUGCAGUAUUUAAAAAGAGUUAAUCUAAUACAAAGAAGCAAAAACCUAUGGAUUAAUUAUAUCUAAUAAUUUAGGGAACACAUAUCUAUUCUUUUCUUAAUUCAUUCAGUAUCGAAACUGGUAUAAAUUGAUGAAACAAUAUUGUAAAUUGAAUGACUUUUUUGGGAAGUACAAAUUAACAGAUAGAAUGCUGCCUGGAAUAUAUCAAUGCUAUAAGAAAUCCAAUAAUGCCUAAUUCACAGUUCAAAUAUACAAGAUGGAAGACUUUGAAUAAUGGCCUGAGAUAGAGGAGGUGGUUCAUAAUGAAAUACAAAUGCUACGUUCGAUUAAGCAUUCAAAUUUGUUGCAACUAAGAAGAGUGUACGAAGAUGACUCAUAUUUAUUCAUCCUCUAUGAGCAUUUCAAAGGAGAGUCCCUCUAUAAUUUAAUAUUAACAAAUCCGUUACACGAAGUUCAAAUAGCUUCAAUCGUUUAUCAAAUCUUGCAACUGCUUAAAUUUUUGGAUAAACAUCAAUUUUAUCAUGGAAAUCUCAAUCCUCUAAACAUAAUUAUUAACUCCAAUAAUUAACUCCUUUAGAUCUUUUUGAUAAACUUAUCUUUCAAACAAUACAGAAUAAAUGAUAAAUUAGACUGGAUUUUGAAUAGAUAGAUUGAAGGAUUUAUAGCACCUGAGUUUUAUAAUGGAGUACCCCCAAACAUUACUUCUGAUUUGUAUAGUUUAGGAGUCCUGCUUUAUUUCAUGACAUUUCCAACACAGUUGCCAAGUGAGAAACAUUUUGAUAAAUAUGAAAUCGAUACAACUAAAAUUUAGAGAUUAUUGUAAAAGAAAUUGUCUUAAAUCCCUAAUGAUGCAACCUCCCCACUUGAUAAAUCAAUAGAGAAGAACAUCAGUUUAAGCGAAUUAGAUUUAUUAUCCAAAUUGCUAGAAACCAUUCCUAAGCAAAGAAUCACAAUAUCUGACGGUAUGAAACAUCAUUGGUUUGUGAAUAUUAAGAGCAAGAUUAAAUAGCUGAAUGUUGUGAAAAAGAAAAAGGUAGAAUUGCCUUCAUUAAGAACAAUUAUAGAAUUAAGAUCCUAAAGUGAACUGGACCUUAAGGUUUAAUCUUAACUAUCCAAUAACAGAAGACAGUCAAGAUUAGCUCCAAUCUAGGUUGAUGAUUUUGAUGUAGUACCUGAUGAAGGGCAUCCUUUAGAGUAGGUUGCUGAUCUAGAUUUUUGUUAAUUGCUAAGAAGCAGUACUUAAUUAAGAAAAAUGUAAACCUUAAGCAACAAAUCCAUUGGUUGA